ACUUCAAUGGAAGAGUUGCCUCGUCUCCUCUGCACAGCUCAGCAUGCUCCACAUCUUCAAAGCCACCGUGCCGCUGUACGCAGUCCUGACGAUUUUGUGGUCAGUUGUUGCCGCUCUCUGCCGCUCCGCUACUUACUCUCCGUUCACAUCGCUUCAAUUGUACGCUUCGGCCAAUCCCUUGAGGAGUGGUACCCAUUUGACUACCAAUUCGUGAUUCAAGAGUCCUUUCAGGAACAGGAGGCAGAACUGCAACAUAAUGCUACGAAUUCAACCCAGAAAUAUUAG